UGGGAAUUGUACAGUCGGUCGCACAGAAAGACACACAGAGACACAGAGGUAGUGGUGUGCAUACCCCUUGACAGCAAAUAGGUGUCACUAGUUAAAGGCAUCUGUGGAAAGAUUGGGAGAAGAUGGCCACUCUGAACAAGACCAACUAUAAUAAAGAGUCACUAGCAGCCCUGGAGGAGGCCAAGAACUCUGGUACUCUGGGGAGCCCCCAAACACCCCCUGAGCCUCAUGACUGUGGCAGUACCUUGCCUCUGAUACCUCAAAAGGAGAGCCACUCAGACAGUGAAGAUCUUGCCCCAGCUGGCAGUGACCAGGGCUGCAACAGAGUGGGUGCCCGGGUCCAGAGUGCAGAGGGCUGCUCAGGUGAGGCUGUGCUAGGCCGGAAGAAACACCGUAGGCGGCCAUCAAAGCGUAAGCGGCACUGGCGUCCCUAUUUGGAGCUGAGCUGGGCAGAGAAGCAGCUGCGGGAUGAGAGGCAGAGCCAGAGGGCCUCCCGGGUUCGAGAGGAGAUGUUUGCCAAAGGCCAGCCUGUGGCACCUUACAACACCACCCAGUUCCUAAUGAAUGACCGAGACCCUGAGGAGCCCAACCUCAAUAUACCUCAUGGCAUGUCCUACCCAGACUCCAGUGGGGAGAGUGAGGGAGGGGACAGUGACCGGCAGGGCCAAGACCAUGGGGAGUUCCAACAGAGGGACUUCUCUGAGGCCUAUGAGCGCUACCACACUGAGAGUCUGCAGGGCCGCAGCAAGCAAGAGCUGGUUCGAGACUACUUGGAUCUGGAGAGGCGUCUUUCACAGGCGGAGGAGGAGACUCGGAGGCUGCAGCAGCUUCAGGGGCCUACACGCCAGCAGCCCUGUCACCAGGUGGAAGAGCUGAUUGCCGAGGUAGAGAGGCUUCGAACUGAGAACCAGCGGCUUCGGCAGGAGAACGAGAUGUGGAACCGAGAAGGCAGCCGCUGUGUUGGGGAGCCUGGCACCUAGGGGGGCUCCCAGUUGGGAGGACCCAAGGACUAGGCCUCAUUUCAUAUCCAUUCAGGCCAUCUGGGUUCUCAAGGAGGCAGGUGGCAGAUGAAAAUCACUCUCAGUUCCCUGAGAACAGCUGAGACAGGUC